AUGACCCAGUUCAUGACCUUUUUAAAACUAAUGCCUGAUAGUGGUCAUUCUCUUACUCCAUCCCAGGUAUUAGAAUUAGAAAUGCGUGUCAGUAGAUUGGAAGUGCUGUAUAGUGAAUUCGACGCGUUACAGACGGAGCUGGAGCUGUUGUCGGAGGACGUGGACGAGCGGUACGGCGAGCGCGAGCAGUUCGAGACGCAGUACUACGCGCAGCUGUCCCGCGCGCGCGAGCUGCUGGCCGCCGCGCCCGCCCCUGCCGCCCCCGCGCCCAGCCUGGACGGCGCCCGCUCCAGCGGCUCUGGUUGCAAGCACGACUUCGUGAGACUUCCCAAGAUAGACUUACCUCACUUUGACGGCGACUAUCAGCACUGGCUCCAAUUCCGAGAUACGUAUAUUUCUCUCAUACAUAAUAAUAGUUCCAUAUCAAACAUUAACAAAUUCCAUUAUCUUCGCGCAGCAUUGAAAGGUAGUGCAUCAAUUAUUGUGCAAAGUUUGGACUUGACGGAGGCGAACUACGACAUUGCUUGGCAGUUACUCAGCGAACGGUACGACAACACUCGCCUUCUCGUCAACAAUCACGUCCAGGCUCUGUUCAAUGUUGAACCUAUCCAACGGGAAUCAAGCCAAGCCCUUAGAAAUGUCAUUGAUGUCACCAACAAAAAUCUGCGUGCACUGUCUUCACUCGGUGAACCAGUGGAUAAUUGGGACACCUUAAUUAUCUUCAUCAUGACCAAAAAAUUAGACCCCUCGACCAACAGGCAAUGGGAAGAGUUCAAAAAUUCAAUAAACUCUUCACCAUCUUUAAAACAAUUCACGUCAUUUUUGUCGAAUAGGGCAGAUCUAAUCGAAACUUUAAACGACAACAGCAAGUUCGUAAAUAAAAACAAGUCGUCAUCAUCAUCAUCAGCCACAACUAUUAGUUCCCAUCAGGAUUCCAAUAAACAAAUAAAAAACUUUCAUUCAACAACAAAACAUAAACCAUUUCAACAUAAAAACAAAUGCCCUAUGUGCUCAGAUGCUCAUUUUCUAUUCACUUGUGAAUCUUUUAGAAAACUCGACAUUGAGGCAAGAAUAAAGAAAGCUUCUGAGAGCAAUGUUUGUAUGAAUUGCCUCAGGCCAGGUCAUUCUGCAAAAUCAUGCACGUUGUCUCAUUGCAAAUAUUGCAAAUAUAGGCACAACACCCUGCUUCACAGGGAAAUCUUUCAAGAGAAUGACAACGGUGACAAUGUAGCAUUGUCCACCAACAUUAUUUCUUCUCCAACAUCCGCAUGUAACAGAGGUAUUGUCCUGCUUUCCACAGCUAUGGCGAGAGUUGCCGACGUCGAUGGGAACCUGCACUCUGCUAGACUUCUCCUAGACAACGGGAGCACCUCCAACUUCAUCACCCAAGACCUCUGUGGCAAGCUGGGCUUGCAACGCACAAAAUGGCAGACAGAUGGACAAGACUUGAAGACCGGCACCAUGGUCUUGAUCAAGGACGUGAACCAACCCCCGCUACUCUGGCUGCUGGGAAGAGUGACCGACGUCAAGCCGGGUCCUGAUGGCCGCAGCCGAGUCGCGGAGAUCCUGACAAAGAAGGGUACCAUCACAAGGGCAUACAACAACAUAUGCCCCCUUCCUGUUUCAACUUCUUGAAGACACAGCUCUUCAACCCGGGGAGUAUGUUCCGACCGGAACGCCUACAC